CUCUUUCUUUCUUCCAUUUGCUUGUCAGUCGGGCCGUGUGGUGCUUGUGUGAAAAAAAUCCUGAUAAUCCGCUAAAAAUGACUAUCGGAGAUGUUAAAACCGCUCAAGGUCUCAGUGAUCUGAACAAAUAUUUGGCUGAUAAAAGUUACCUGUCUGGGUACACUCCAUCACAAGCCGAUGUUCAAGUUUUCGAGCAAGUAGGCAAAGCGCCGGCCGCUAGCCUGCCACACGCGCUGCGCUGGUACAAGCAGAUCGCGUCAUACACGCCCGCCGAGCGCAAGGCCUGGCCCGCAGGAGUCAGCCCCCUCACAGCCGGCGGCAAACCCACGGCCCCCGCCCCCGCUGCCAAGGACUAUGACGACGAUGAUGUCGAUCUGUUUGGAUCCGGUGAUGAGGAAGAGGAUGCAGAGGCAGCCAGAAUCAGAGAAGAACGUCUAAAGGCAUAUGCUGAUAAAAAGUCAAAGAAACCUGCCCUUAUUGCCAAGUCAUCUAUAAUCCUAGAUGUCAAACCUUGGGAUGAUGAAACUGACAUGAAGGAAAUGGAAAAAUUAGUCCGUACUAUUGAGAUGGACGGCCUUCUGUGGGGUGCCUCCAAACUUGUACCAGUCGGCUAUGGCAUCAACAAACUGCAGAUCAUGUGCGUCAUUGAAGAUGACAAGGUCUCAGUUGACCUUCUUACUGAAAAGAUCCAGGAAUUCGAAGAUUUUGUCCAAUCUGUUGACAUUGCUGCUUUCAACAAGAUCUAAAUGAAGCAUUUCUUAUUUAUAAGCUUAAAAUAAAAUCAAAGUUUUUA